AUGCUGCAGGACAGGAAGAAGCAGGAAAAGCAAAACGUACGUGAGGAGGCGGCACGUGCUAUUAUUAUUAUAGAGUGCUGGCGGGAGGGGGACGAGGAGGAGGAGGAGGAGGAGGAGGAGGAGGAGGAGGAGGAGGAGGAGGAGGAGGAGGAGGAACUUCAGGCUGAGAGGUGGAGAGCUUUCAGCAGCACUGCUGUGGAGGAGGAGCAGGAGCAGGAGCAGGAGCAGGAGCAGGAGCAGGAGCAGGAGCAGGAGCAGGAGCAGGAGCAGGAGCAGGAGCAGGAGCAGGAGCAGGAGCAGGAGCAGGAGCAGGAGCAGGAGCAGGAGCAGGAGCAGGAGCAGGAGCAGGAGAUGAUGCUGGAUAAAGAUCGAGGCGGAGGAGCAGGAGCAGGAGUAGGAGUAGGAGCAGAAAGUAGACUAGCAGCAGCAAGCCCCUCCAAACCGUCGCUGCCACCACCGCCACCACCACAGCAGCAGCAGCAGCAGCAGCACAUCAUCUCCACCAUUCAUAAUGCUGAAACCCUGCCCACCACCCCGCCUGCAACCAUCACAACAACAAUCAAGCCGCCAACACGACAGCCACCAGCAAUGAUGAUGCCACGACGGAAGGAAUACCCAAACAAGAAGGCACGCCUGCUGUUUGUGUCUGCUGUCCCGUCUAUGCAGCAGCAACAACCCCAGCAGCAACCUCAACAACAACAUGUGCUGCCGCACACACAGUAUGAUGUGAUGCACAUCUGUGACGAGCGUGCAUGCAUCAACCCGUUUCAUCUUGUGUGGGGAACACGUGCUGAGAACCGGCGUGGUCAUCAAGGACGGGAUGGUAGCAUGGGCUAUAGCCGCCUGCCUCCGGUGCAGCAGGGCAGCAUCCUCCGUUUCGGAAGCAGCAGCAACAUUUCAGCGGCAGCAGAGCAGGAAGUAGGAGAUGCUGCUCGGAUGCUGCUCUAUCUGUUUGAUGGGCACCCACCAAUUCGGAAAUGA